AUGGCAGAUACGCAAACAGCGAAUACAGCCCAACAGUCAACCUCUCCUCCCCAGUUCUAUACGCCACCCCCACCCCCUGGGGAAUCACCAGCAGGCCCCAUAGCCGUUCAGCCCCUCGUGGGGCCUGGGAUUCAACCACAGAGCGAGCCUUACGUGGCCCAUCCUCCUCAAAGCAAUCCCUUUGCGAAUCCUGAACCUCAGGAGCCAGCCUCGAAGGUACCACCGGCAACUACAAACCCCUUUAGCGAUGCCGCAGCAGCUACACAGCCUGGCAGAUUGGAGGAACCACCGCAGCAUCCCGCAAGACCUCUACCUCUUGGCGCCCUGACCGAGACUCCUCUACACAGCGAACCGGCUCCUAUAUUACCUCCACGAAAUCAGCCCCAGCCCGGCUCAGAAUCUCGAGUUCCUCCACCACCUCGAGCUUCGUUCGACCAACCAAUUCCUGACCAUCCCGCAUUACGUGGACAAUCUAACACGCAGUCUAUUCAACGCGUUGCGAUGACGCCUGUACAACCACAGCCAAUUCCACCUCCACCGCAGGCACCGGCUCUGGAUUCUAACCCCGAAACACUGGCAGCCGACCCCACUAUAGCCUCCUUGCACGCGAUGUUCCCCGAUUUCGACUUGGUUGUGCUCCAUUCGGUGCUCGAGGCGACUGGAGGAGACAAGGACCAAGCUGUAGAUAGUCUGCUGGCUAUGAGCGACCCCGACUAUGCGCAAUCUCAGGUCCAGAAUGCCCCGCCUGCUCACAGGACAGAGCCUAACGCCACACUUGGACCCAACACCCAAGCGCGACAACCGACCCAAACUGAAUUAGAUGAAGAAUUUGCGCGUCGACUGAUGCUUGAAGAAGAGCAGCAAGCCUACGCAGGAGGAUGGCAGCCUACAAAUAAUCAAUAUAACCAUUCGGUUCCGUAUCAACAAUAUCAGUCCAGGCGGAGUGGAGAGUACCAGCGCCCGCCGAAUACUGGAGGAGGCGCAGGCGCAGGCGCAGGCGCAGGCGCAGGAUUUGGAGAAAUAGCAGGUGGUUUACAACAGCAGUUUAGAAAUUUUGUUGGCGGAGCUUCAGGCCGGACUGGGCCUACUACCUCUGCACAAGGCGGAAGCGGAGCUGGGUAUCAAGAGCAAUUGAACAGGAUUGCCGAUACCGGUAAGAAGACUUUCAAUACCAUCUUCACCAAGGUCAAACAAAAGAUGGAAGAAUUCGACAAUCGACAUCCGUCCGAUACCCAGAACAUGAAUCAACCCCAACAGUCCGGUCAUUGGAGCAACUGGCAGGGGCCUCCUGCAUCGACCCAGCAACAACAAGUCCCAACUUACGCACAAUCACCCGCCCCUGGACAAUACCCGCGUCCAGCUCAAUCGCCCCCCGCAACGUCGCAGCACGGUGCACUGAACACUAAUCCUUAUGGUGUUCCGCAAUCCGCUUCGACUAACGCCAACACCGGGGCCAAUGCUCUGCCCACGAGUAGUAGCAGAUGGCAUUACGAGCCCGAGGGGCCCGAAACCUUACCAAGCGUGCCAGCUCCGACCGCCGCUCCACCUACCGAAGAACCAAGGAGGAGUGUUGAUGCGACGCGUCUCGGCCUACUUCCGAAGCGUCCAGUUUCGCUGAUGGACGUCAACGCGAAUACCCGAUCGGCCCAGCCCCAACCCCAGGUUCAACCCCAAACUCAACCGGCAGCGCAUGCGCAUGAUAGCGAUAAUGACUCACUGGAAUACGUUGAUCGGCCCAUGCCUGGGUCGAUGGCUCGGCCUUGA